AAUAAAUGUUUAUUAUUAUUAAUAUGUUAUAUAUUAUUUGAUCCCUUAAAAUGACGUAGCAUUUACAUAUGACCUACGCACAUCCACCCGUAUAAUUAUUUUGAUUAUUUAUUUUAAAAAUUCUAUUCGUAAAUGAAUUGGCAACCCUGAAACGGAAGUCACGUGUAACAUUUUGAAUGUUUAUGUUGUGUAAACAUGAUUCAAUUUCCUAUAUUAUGGCUUUAGAUAUUUGUUUACUAUUGGCCCUUUAAACGAAAGGUUACUAUUUUGAGAUUAAAGUUUCUGUAUAAAUUUUAAAAAAAUUAUUUUUAAAAGAAAAUGGAAGCUAGAACGGUGACAGAUGAAUCGCCUCAGUCUGUAUUUACGAAGUACGUACGAGAAAAAGAUAUUCGUUCGCCUUUAUCUGAUGAUGAAGUAGCCAGUUCUUUAUUGCUUCAGAUGGCAGUGUAUUUUAAUAUCUGUUUCACACCUUUCUGGGUUAUUUCUCAUAUUCUGACCUUCAAUUUGAAGUACGAUGCCUUAAAUGAAAUCUACCAGAUUGUGCUGAGUGUAGUUUUCUUCAUUAUCUUUCUUGUGGAAGGACCUCGCCUGUAUCUUGGCUACGCAGGAAAUUUAAGCGAAAGUGUACCAUCAUUAACUAGUUUCUGGCUGUUGACAUUGCUGAUCCAAUUUCCAUUAGUAUCUUUUAUAUCCUUUCACGAUGACCUGAUGCUUCUGCCAUUGGAGAAAUCUGUCAAUGCCAUCAUGCUGAUAUUCAUUGCAUUAGAAGUCAUCGUGGGUUAUUUUGCUCUCAGAACGAUCGCCCGUCAUCAGGCAGUUCGUUUCCAGAUGCACAUUCACGGCAUCCAGAAAACAGGAAUAAAAAUUCUCUCUUCAGCCGAUGAUUGAAGCCAAAAUUUUGAACUAAUUAAACGACAGCAGAAAUUGGGUAAUUUGAAUGUAUACUAAUAAAUUAUUUUUGUUAAUGUAAAUGAUUAUUUUCAGCAAAAGAUGAACCUGUACAAAGCAUCAUCAUUUUUAUAUAGAUUUAGUACAUGUAAAUAAAAAAAUUUUGAUAACAUUUUUGAAUAGUUAAAAGCUUAAAUGAAGUGUCUGUCAUUUAAUUCAAACAAAAUCCAGAAUCCAAAUUUCCAUAAUUUAACAACAGAUUAGAUAUUCUGUACAAUUUUGCCAAGUGUAUACACAAAGACUAUGUAGCAGUGUGGUGCAGAGGCAUUAAAGGACUGAUUCCAAAUCAAAUAUACUUGAUUCUGUACAUCAAAAAUGUUUUAUAUUUUUAAAAAGGAAUGUUAUUUAUGUUAAGAUUAAAAUAAAUGAAUUUGGCAGAUUUUAUACUAAAAAUUGCAAAAAUGGAAAAUCUUAUAUAAUUUUCUGCAAUGUGAAUUCCACGGCAUACAUAUGCAGUGUCGUUUUAAGGAUAGAACAAGGGGAAUCUGAAGAAUGGGGAAAGUAGUCAGAAGAGGAACCAAUUGAAAGAAGAAGUCUUGGAGUUAAUAAAAAAGACAUUUUUAUUAUCAUCAUUCAAUCUGUUUGGCUUUCCAGUAGCACAAUUUGUCAUAGAAGCAUGUUAAAAAACAUUUCUGCAGUGUGCACAUAAGAUUUUUACAAUCCAAUGACAUGUAAAUCAUCUUAAAAACAGAUUAAUGUUUAAAACACUUCAACUAAUUUGGGAGAAUCAUUUGUACUCAAACACACUGAUAUUUUCCAAUGUGUUUAAUGUUUCAUUUUUUUUCUACCAUUUUCACAACUUCUGAAACCAAUGAAGCAUCCUUCAAAAUCAAGAUUUUUCACAAAUGUGUAAAUUUUGUAAUAUUGUCAUGCAGUGAUUCUUCUGCAGAAGACACUUCUAUGCUACUGAUGUUAGCAGGUGACAUCAAAGCCAUCUUUUCAUUGUUUAGAGAACAAAGAUGCAAUUAUACACACAUAUUAAACAAUGACUUUGUUGCCAGAAUAUGUAUGUAUUGUACACGAAUAUACAGAAAAUGUUUUGUUUUUAAAUAAAUAUUGCUAGGUAGCAUUUGUUAAUUGCUUUUCACAUUGAUUUGUUACCUUUAUUACUUUCCUAAAAAUUACCAAAAAACCAGUAUUAUUUAUGAAAAUUACUUGUCACUUGAAAUUAUGGUAAUGUCCACAAGUUCUUAACGCCAAAGAGCCAUAAAUUUUACUGAUGUAUUACCCAUGCAUUUUGAAUGGAAAGACACAGUACAACUUUUUAUCUAAUU